AUGGUCCGCGCUGGAAUCGUUGCGGGUAUUAAGACGGAGGAUGCCGCUCAGUGGGACACAAGUGACAUCAAAGAGCGAACACGGCAGGACGCGUGGAAUACUACACAUUACGCCAGGAAUAUGCUGGAAAAGGCAGAAAGUGCAGCGCAAAAAGCCAUAACUGCACUCGAGAAGGCGAAGGAAGCCGUUAAAGCGGCUCAGCGAACCUUGGAGGCUGUAGAAGCCGCACGAAGAGUUGCCCAAGAAGGUUCGAAACCAACCAACACCAAACUUGUGAAGCCACAGACUAUUCAGGGAAGCACUCAACCACCCUUGCAGGAUAAACAAGAAGCCAACGGGGAGGCUGCCACGGACGCAUUGAAUGAAGGGCCUGAAGAGAGCGUUGAGGUUCCUGUGCCGUCAAAUGGAGGACAUGAGGCAGAACGGCGUCGAGACGAGCCAGACGGUCUGCAGGCGGCGAAGCAAACGACUGUGCUCCCUGCAAGUGAGCCCGCUGACAUCGCCGCAACGUCUAAUGAACACACUGGGGAGAAACCCUCUGCAGUCAAUGAUAAGGAUGAUGCUCCUCUGCUUCCAUCGAGCAGUGUUGUGAGUGCCGUGAUGGGUGGGAGUGGCAGCACAGACGGCAGCGGCACAACAGGGUGGAUGUGUGCGCCGCCGCUGCUGUUGGUGAUUGGGGCGUAG